UGUUGCUGGUCGUAAUAGCACAGUUUUUCAUUUAUUGCAAUUUAAUUGUAGCCCAGGAUGAUAUCACAAAAAUGAUUGAAAAUUCUGGUUAUCCAGCAGAACUACACACUGUCGUAACAGAAGACAAUUAUAUUUUGGGUUUACAUCGGAUUCCAACCAGGGAGCCGACUCCAAAAGUCGCAUUGUUAAUGCAUGGCUUAUAUUGUUCAGCAGCCGAAUUCAUUGUUACCGGGCGAAGUAGUUCAUUAGCUUACUUUCUGGCGGAUAAUGGGUUCGACGUUUGGUUAGCUAAUUCCCGCGGCAACGAGUUCUCUAAAGAUCACAAAUUUUUGGCAUCGAACAGUACUCCGUAUUGGAAUUUCAGCUUCCAUGAAAUGGCCAAAUAUGACCUUCCUACAGUAAUUGAUCAUAUUUUGAUGACAACCAAUCAGAGUGCCCUGCAUUACGUUGGACAUUCCCAAGGAACUACUGUCGUAAUGGCAAUGCUAUCCAUGCUACCACAAUACAAUGAAAAAAUAAUCACAUUGCAUUUAAUGUGCCCAAUAGUGUUCCUAAAACAUAGCGGGGUGUUCUUCAGAACCGUUUCUUCCUUUGCCGAUCAAAUCGAGCGAGCUGUAGAAUCUAUGGAAACAGGCGAGAUGUUUCCAGGAAGCCCAGCUUUUCGUAAACUUUUAAGUUUUUUCUGCAGUAAAUCGUCGCCAUCAUAUCAAAUGUGUAAAGAUUACGUGUUCGCUACUGCUGGACCCACAUUUCAAUGGAACGAUGACCUUUUUAUCGAUCCGAAACUUUUCGAUCACUUUCCGAACAGUGUCAGUUACAAGCAAUUGAUUCAUUAUGGACAAAUAAUCAAAGCCGGAGGAACUCGAUUCCUUCAGUAUGAUCACAAACAUCUUGGAAAUCUGGAAGUCUAUAAUCAGACAACACCUCCUUCCUAUCAUCUAUCGAACGUUGCUGUAAGGAUUCAUUUCCUUUACGGUACCAACGAUUUUUUGGCGUCAUACUUUGAUGUUGAAGGCCUAAUGCGGAAAUUUAAAACAUCAACUGUGGGCAUCGAUAAAUUUUUUGGUUGGAAUCAUGCUGACUUUUUAAUCGGAAAAGAAGUGAACACAGUUAAUAGGAAAAUUCUUGGAAUAAUGAAUCAAUACAACGGUGUACCAACGGAAGGAUUCGUAUAUAAUUAAACGAAUACGCGAGACCACGUUGCUUUUGGUUUUUUUGAGUGGUUUUUUCACAAUUCUUUUAUUUUCUUUAAUUGCACCGUUUCAGUUCUUCGUGGAUAUUUGUAAUUGGACAUGUAAAUGAAAGAUAGGAAUGCAAAUAA